AUGACUACCUUCUUACCUGGAAAUACCCAAAUCACCCUACUCUCAACGUCACUCACAUGCUAUACAUUCUACCUCCUUCGCACCGCACACCCCACCCAUGUCCCAUAUCAGUUCAUGUUAAAUUUCAUCAAUGUCGUCUCGGUAUCGCUUUACGCACCGUUGAUACUGGUAAAAUUGUUUGAGAGGUUCAAGCUGUUUGGCCGAUCCCAAGUCUCCCAUUCCGAUAGUCACUCAAAGAAGAAAGGUCAGAGAGAAAGCCUUUGGAGGAGAUGGAUCAACAAUUCAGAGUUUUUACUAUGUUUGACUCUUCUGCAAUUCGCUUUAACACUAGGAUUUAUUGCUCUAACCUUCUUAUCAAUCUAUACCCUCCAUCUCAGUUCAUAUCCUUCCACCUACUCUCACUCCCAGGAUCCAUCGUCCGACCAGCCUUCUCGAACAUAUACUAUCCCCACCCAUCGUCUUUCCUCAUCUCCCAUCAGCUCCAUCGACUUACUUCCCCUCCUAUCGUCCUUCCUGCACUUGAUGAUCCUUUCAAUGCAACUCUUAUCUUUCGCAUUGAUCAUCAUAGAAAUCCGAAGUUCGUCCAGAUACUCCUCCAUCGAUAGAUCUUUAUCGGGUCUGUUGGAAAGGGAUAUAAGCGAUUUGAUCAAGCUUAAGAACGAGUGCGAUCUCAGAUACUCAUCUAAAAAAUGGGUAGAUGAUGCAUUCACGAAUGGUCGUUCCUUGUCGACCUUUGGAAUGUAUUCUUCUCCCUCCCGUUCGACCAGUAUCAUUAGUGGAGAUGAUGGAACACCUCGGAGAAGAAGUAUCUCUACGACCUCGACCAUACUAGGUACUCCGUCAUCUGUACCGCUCUAUAGGGAUAAUCCAGUAGAUGAAGGGGAUAUCCGAUUCACAGAUCCAUUCAAUUUCACUAAUAGAAGAUCUUCUAGAAGUGCGAAUGGCAAUGGGAACAGAAGAUUAUCAGUAAGGUUUGAUCUGACGAGACAUCUAAAUGACAAUCAGACUCUCAUUACACCUAAGAAUGGGUACGAUGAAGAAUCUCAGCGAAACGAUUACUUCUCAUUACCUCACUCAUCCUCCUUCUCGGGAAUUGUAAAAGAAAAAGAGGUAAUUCGACCUAUUCCAUUGAGUAUAAUUAAAUCACCCAAGAACACUACAGCCCUCGGAUUAGGGUUCUCACCCUCUUCUUCGAAUGGGAGUGAAACGCUAGAGGAUAUAUUGGAAGAAGGACCAGAUGAAGUUGAGCAGGAACAAGGCGAAAGGAGGAAUUCAUGGAUGGAUAUCAAAGGUGAACAAAGUGUUUGA